CGAGCGGCCGCGGGACGCACCACGCAAGUCAACACACGAGCGUCCAGCGGCACUGUUUCUCCGGGCCCGGGCGGCGUGUGGCUGGCUAUUUGAACCCUGCCCUAGUAUUGGAUGAACAGUUCGGGGAAGGCAACAUCGAAAAUGAAAGAUAAGAAGUCCGAGAACAUUACGGAGGAUGAAGCGGCUCUGUACGACCGUCAGAUACGCCUGUGGGGGGUGGACGCCCAGAAGAGGUUGCGGGCAGCCCGUGUACUGCUUGCAGGAGUGUGUGGCUUGGGAGCUGAAGUCGCAAAAAAUCUUGUGUUAUCAGGUGUUAAGUCUCUCACACUGUUAGACCACCGCAGCGUCACAGAGACUGAUACACGUGCGAACUUUCUUGCUCCGUGUGACUCCAUCGGAAAAAAUAUUGCUGAGGCAUCACAGGAGCGAGCUCAAAUUUUGAACCCCAUGGUGGAAGUUACAGCAGACUCAAGUAAUAUUGCUGAUAAAACCAGUGACUUCUUCACACAGUUUGACGUUGUGUGCGUCAUGAGGUGCCGGCAACAAGAACUCAUCAGAAUCAAUGAAAUAUGUCAUCAAAAUAAGACUUUGUUUUUUGCUGGUGAUGUAUUUGGAAUGUUUGGCUAUAUGUUUGCAGAUCUACAAGAACACCAGUACAUAGAAGAGGUAAAAGAGAAAAAACAAAUAGAAGACAAUGGCAAGAAGCAAAUAGUUGAGGACACUAAGUUUGUGAAAAGAACAGAACAUUUUGUCCCUCUAAGCCAAGCCCUGGACAUAGAUUGGACCUCAAAGAAAUAUGCCAGUCAGUUGCGCAGGACUUCUCCGGCGUACUUCAUAAUGCAAAUAAUUAUGGAGUUUAUUAGUUUACAUGGAAGAACUCCAGGUCCCAGCCAUCGGGAGGAAGAUAAAAUAGAACUGCUUACAAUCAAGAAUGCACUGCUGGAGAAGUUAAAUGUUCCUUCAGAUAAAGUUGGCAAUCAAUUUGCCGGGAUUGUGUUUGGUCAGCUGAGUCCUGUGUGUGCCAUCGUGGGCGGUGUGCUGGCUCAGGAGAUCAUAAAGGCAGUCUCUCAGAAGGACCUUCCACACAACAACUUUUUCUUCUUUUCUACCUUGGAUGGUGCUGGAGUGGUGGAGUGCAUUGGGCAUUAAUUCACUAGUGCAGUAUGGACCUCUAAGCUUAUGAACUCUUGUUACCAAUUGAUGCUAUCAGAGCAGUGUCAAGAGUUGUGGGGGCCAUAAGGCUCAGCUGUAUGCAGAGACCAAUGAAAUUUAAAAACUAACUCUUGAAGGGCUCUUUUGUGUUGGGACUAAAGGGUCAUAGCCUCAGUAGCCCCUCUUAACUCCAAGCCAGGAUGUUAUUGCAUUAACCACUUCAAGGCAAAAAAAAAAAAUAGUUUGUAGAUGAAGUCAGUCAAUAUUUUUUGUAAUAAUUUUCCAAUUUUUGUAAUGAUUUUCCAAUUUCGGGAAAUUUCAUACUAGAUAUUGGUAAUAAAGUUAUAGGUAUUUGUUA